GUAAACUUUAUCGAAUAGUGGUUUUUUUUGUUGAUAAAAUGUAUAAAAAUAUAGUUACUCGUUGGCUACCUCUGAGGUUAAUCAGUAGGGAGAAUUACUCCCAAUUUUUUGAAUUAAAAACUAAAUCAUCGGUUGAACGCCAAAUCAAGAGAAAUUUUUCCUACUCCAUUGUAUGUUGUAAGAAAAGGAGAAGUGCGGAAGAAAAGGUAUUGGAAAGUACAGGCAAACGUCCAGCAAUCAGAUACCCACCUAAGGCUGGCUCUGAGGUGGUUGGAAUAUGGAGGAAUAUGACUGUCAAAGAUAUAGCUAGUGUAGUAAAUAAAGAUGUAGGGCAUAUUCUUCAAGCACUAGAAUUUGCAGAUAAGUCUUCAGAAAUUAAUUAUAAUAAAGACACUGUGAUACAUAAUCCGCAAAUCAUAAGAGAUGUUCUUAAAAUAUGUGGACACAGGUACAAGAUUGUUCCAAACCCUGAUAAAGAGGUAGAAGUAGACGAGAACAAAGAUGCUGUUCCAUCACCGCCAUCACCUCCGGAAGCUCUAAAGCCACGACCUCCUGUAGUAUGUGUCAUGGGUCAUGUUGACCAUGGUAAAACUACCCUGUUAGAUGCACUCAGAGAUACUUCAGUGGUAGAUCAAGAGUUUGGUGGCAUCACGCAACAUAUAGGAGCUUUUGAAGUUAAAUUACCGUCUGGUGACAAAGUGACUUUCCUGGAUACGCCUGGUCACGCUGCAUUCACAUCGAUGCGAUCGCGAGGGGCACGUGCCACCGAUGUAGUGGUAUUAGUUGUGGCAGCCGAUGACGGGGUUAUGGAACAGACUGUGGAGUCCAUUCGAAUGGCGAAGGAGGCUAAUGUUCCAAUAUUGGUGGCGAUCAACAAAAUCGACAAGCCAGGUGUGAACAUUGAAAGAACAAUGCGAUCUCUGGCUCAACACGGCGUCAUAUGCGAGGCUUUAGGAGGUGAUGUGCAGGCUAUACCAGUUUCAGCACUUAAGAAGAAAAACUUGGAAACUUUAGUUGAAGCGCUCACAUUACAAGCUCAGCUCAUGGAAUUGAAAGCUGAUCCGGGUGGCUACGUAGAGGGUGUGGUGAUUGAGGCCUUAUUAGAUCCUCGGAGCGGGAAGCAAGCUACCGUUUUAGUGCAAAGAGGGACACUACGUCGCGGGUGCGUUAUUGUAGCUGGGACCGGCUGGGCAAAGGUGCGUGUACUAACAACAGCAGAAGGACAGUCGGUACAAGAGGCUCCCCCCUCUACACCGGUUUCUGUUCUGGGAUGGCGUGAACUUCCCGCCGCUGGGGAUCAAGUUCUGGAAGUCAACUCUGAGAAAAGAGCAAACGAGGUAAUGAAAUGGCGGCAUAAUCAAAGAAUGAAGGAACGGCAAGCGGCUGACCUGCAGAUCAUAGAGGCAAAGGAAGCCGCGCAUAAGGCCGAAUAUCAUGCGGCGCGUGCAAAGAAACGUGCGAUGGGCCGGUACAAACUGCGCCCCGAAGGACCGAGGCAGAAGAUGAUACAAGAGGACACGCAUCCAACGCUCAGCGUUAUAGUCAAAGGUGAUGUGGAUGGGUCUGUGGAAGCUAUAUUGGAUAUAUUGGAGACGUACGAUGACCAUGAUAGAGUACGCCUCGAUUUAGUUCACUUUGGAGUAGGCCCCGUCACUCCUAACGACAUAGAGAUUGCAGAAGCAUUCAAAGCUGUGAUAUACGCGUUCAACGUGGACAGCCCCCCGCAGGUUAAUGUGGAGGCGAAGAGGAAAAAUAUACCCAUAAAGAAGUACAAUAUCAUUUACAAACUAGUGGACGAUGUAAAAGACGAAAUCAGUGUAAGAAUACCAAAGAGACAAGAAGAGGAAAUUAUAGGUGAAGCGAACGUGCUACAACAGUUCAUGGUGACGGAGGGCAAACGCAAGGUGCCCGUUGCAGGCAGCCGCUGCAUGAAGGGGUCGCUCGCCCGCAACGCCCUCUACAGAAUUAUACGCAACCAAGAUCUUAUUUACGACGGUAAACUGGCAUCCAUGAAGCACCUGAAAGAAGAAGUGACCACCAUCAAACGCGACAUGGAGUGCGGGCUACGGUUCGAAGACACCACCUUGGAGCUACAACCGGGCGAUACGAUCGUAUGCUACAAACUAGUAGACGCUUCCGACAGAACUAAUUGGGAUCCCGGCUUUUAGAGCAAUUCUGCUAAUUAGUAAACGAUUUGAU